AUGCCGCACGAUACCAUACACGGGUUCCCCCCCGCGUCGUUCGACGCGUCCGCCCUCCCCGACGCCGGCCAUGAGUUCCUCGGACCGGAAGACCUGGCUGCCUUUGAGAGGGCUCUCCAGGCGCCGGAUCCGCUGCAGAGCCCGUCCGACGACGUCACCAGCGGCAUCAGGUCGCCCAUGAGCACCUGCAGCUCCGUCCAUCUCACCAAGAGAGACUCGCAAGCCAGCGUGAGUGGCGAUGCCGACGAUGCCGACGACGACGACGGCGACGACGACGGUGACGGUCAUGCCCGAACCGAUGCCAUUGCCGCCGCCGCCGCCGCCGCGGGGGGCGGCUUGCCGGAGCCAGCUGAAGCCCGGAGGCAGGGCACCUUCUUCACCGCCCAGAACGACUGGGCGCCCGUGAGCCCGAGGUUCUACAAGCGGCGCCCGAGGCUGUCCCGGGCCAGGCGGCGCAGGAAGGGGGCCAGCAAGGCGGUCGAGGGCCUGCUCGGCACGCGCACCAAGGACGAGACGCGCGAGGGCUACCUGUACCAGCUGUUCAAGUGGCCGCUGCUCUUGUUCGUGUUUGCCUGGCUCGGCGGGCUGGCGCUCGCCUAUCUCUCGACCAGGUGGUACAUCUGGGUGUUUGAGCACUUCUUCACGUGGCGCGGACGGAGGGAGACGCUGCGCCGGAACAUGCGCAGAGCGUCGACGUACCACGAGUGGGUGGCUGCCGCGCGGGAGCUGGACGUCUUCCUGGGCAGGCAGACGUGGAGGGAGGAGAACGAGUUCGCCUACUACGACUCCAAGACCGUCAAGCGAGUGUGGGACCAGCUGAAGAAGCUGAGGGCCAAGGCCGAGGCCGAGGAAGCCAGGGGCGUGCAGCAGAACGGUGCGGAGCACAGGACCGCGGUGGAGGACCUCAGGUCGUUGGUGGAGGCUUGCGUCAAGAACAACUUUGUCGGCGUGGAGAACGCGAGACUGUACAGCCAGACCUACUACGGGACCAAGAACCUGGUGCAGAACUUUAUCGACGAAGUGGAGAGAAGCAUCAAGCUGCUGCUGAGCACAAGCCGGCUGCAGGCCGAGGACAAGCGCCUGCUGUUCAAGCACAUCCACGCCAACUACGGCCGCACGGCUCUCUGCCUCUCCGGAGGGGCUGGGUUCGCAUACUACCAUCUGGGACUCGUCAAGGCCUUGGUCGACGCCGACCUGCUCCCCGACGUCAUCACCGGCACGAGCGGCGGGGCUCUGAUCGCGGCCCUGGUCGCCACGAGAACAAACGACGAGCUCGGGGAGCUUCUCGUGCCGGCGCUGUCGCAGCAGAUCAACGCCUGCCGCGAGCCGGCGACCGUCUGGAUCCCGAGAUGGUGGAGGACGGGCGCGCGGUUCGACUCGGUCGACUGGGCCAGGCGGUGCAGCUGGUGGACCAGGGGCUCCAUGACCUUCCGCGAAGCGUACGGGCGGACCGGCCGCAUCCUCAACGUCACCUGCGUCCCCGCGGACCCUCACUCGCCCACCAUUCUGUGCAACUACCUGACCAGCCCCGACUGCGUCAUCUGGUCGGCGGUGCUCGCGUCCGCGGCCGUCCCGGGCAUCCUCAACCCCGUCGUCCUGAUGAUGAAGACGCGCGACGGCACGCUGGCCCCCUACUCGUUCGGCCACAAGUGGAAGGACGGCAGCCUGCGGACGGACAUUCCCAUCAAGGCGCUCAACACGCACUUCAACGUCAACUUCACCAUAGUCAGCCAGGUCAACCCCCACAUCAACCUCUUCUUCUUCUCGUCCCGCGGGUCCGUCGGACACCCCGUCACCCACCGCAAGGGCCGGGGCUGGCGAGGCGGCUACCUCAUGUCCGCCUUUGAGCACUACCUGAAGCUGGACAUGAACAAGUGGCUCAAGUUUGUGCGCCACGCCGAGCUCCUGCCCCGGCCGCUGGGCCAGGACUGGAGCCAGCUCUGGCUGCAGGAGUUUAGCGGCACCAUCACCAUCUGGCCCAAGUCGGUGCCCUCGGACUUUUACCGCAUCCUCUCGGACCCGGACCCGCAGAGGCUGGCCCGCAUGCUGCACCAGGGCCAGCAGAGCGCGUUCCCCGUGCUCAAGUUUGUGGCGAACCGGCUCAAGAUUGAGCGACUGGUGGAGCAAGGGAGGCGCGAGACGAGGCCCUGGGUCAGGAGGGGGAGCAUCCAGACCAUCAUGAGCGAGGAGGACCUGAGGAGCCUGCUGGUGGAGGAGAUGGCGAGCGGAACCACGGAGGAGGAGGGGGAGGACUCUGACGGAGACGAGGCCUCGCUGCGCACGGCACUGGCGGACGGCGACGACUCGGAUGGCUAUGAUAUGCGGGGGCAACGGCGACUGAGCGUACCGAGCGGUCUGCUUUCCUGA